AUGCCGGGCCCCAUCGACCCUGAGUCAAUCUACACCAAGCAAACAUGCAUCGGCGGUGGAAGCUUCGGCAAAGUCUUCAAAGGUGUCGACAGACGCACCGGAGAAUCCGUGGCUAUCAAGAUCAUCGACGUUGAAAAUGCCGAGGACGAUGUCGAUGAUAUCAUCAAGGAAAUUGCCAUCCUAUCCGAGCUGAAGUCGCCCUAUGUCACCAAAUACCAUGGCUCUUAUCUGAAGGGGUCCCAUCUGUGGAUCAUCAUGGAAUUCUGCUCGGGCGGCAGUUGCCAUGGGUUGCUGCGACCUGGUGUGAUUCAUGAAGAAUACAUCGCCAUCAUCCUAAGGGAGCUACUCCGCGGCUUGGAUUAUCUCCAUACCGAUAAGAAGCUACACCGAGAUAUCAAAGCUGCGAAUGUUCUGCUCAGCGCAAGUGGCCAAGUCAAGUUGGCUGAUUUCGGCGUCUCUGGGCAGCUGUCAGCGACAAUGACCAAGAAAAAUACAUUUGUAGGAACCCCGUUCUGGAUGGCACCAGAGGUUAUCAAGCAAUCGGGAUAUGAUUACAAGGCCGACAUCUGGUCUUUGGGCAUCACGGCGAUUGAAUUGGCCUGCGGCGACCCUCCGUAUGCUGAUAUUCACCCGAUGAAAGUGCUGUUCUUGAUCCCGAAGAACCCGCCUCCCGUGUUGAAUGGCGAUUUCAGCAAGCCUUUUAAGCAGUUUGUUGAGCUCUGCUUGCGUCGUGACCCUAAAGAACGUCCGACGGCCAAGGAACUUCUAGAGCACCCUUUCGUGAAGCGUGCGAAGAGAACAACAUACCUGACUGAGCUCAUCGAGCGUGCAGAGCGCUGGCAAAUCACUCAUCAAGGCCAGGAUGAUGAUGAGUAUGAGGGGUAUGAUUUAGAGCCUGAGCAAACAGUGCAAGAUCGGUCUCAAGAAAAGGAGGAUCUUUGGGACUUUGGCACUGUUCGUCCAGUAGGAAAAGGACAGGCUCCCCCCUUACACCACAUGAAGAGUAACGAACCCAAGGCACGGGUGAAUGAGACAGAGGAGUGGGAUCUAUGUGAUGAGACUCCGAACCGGGCCUCCACGUCUCGCCCACAACAACACCCUCAACCCACGGCAGCACCCUCUCCCUUCCACGCAUCUCCCACAAAAACUCCUCUUCCUCCAUCUGCCCCUCCAUCACCUCUCAAACAACGACCCUCUCAAGCCGCACUUCCCCCACGCAAAGUGGUCACUCCAAAGCCAAGCCGGCCCGCAGAGGAUAACCCUACUCCGCAAGGCCUCAACGAACAAUACGCACAGGCUGCUCUGAGCUACGCAAGCCACAUCGAAACACCUCAAGCAAAACACAGUUCUGCAAUCAAAGACCAAGGCAUUCCGGCCAAAGAAUCAUCCGCAAGUCUCCACGAAGUCUACCGCACUCCAUCCGGUCAAAUCGUUCGAAAGCCGGCUCCUCCCUCGCGAGCAGUCGAUUCCCAAGGACCAGUGCCUCAGCCACCACCGCAUUCACCACGAGUGCCCCAAUCAGGCCUCCCAAGGCAAACAGAGCCUCUACAAAACAUCAAGCCUAUCUCUGGCCUUAAAUCCAAGCGAGCCCCUUCAAACAUGGAGGACCGUCCUUUCAACCGUUCCACCCCUCCGACCCCAACUCAGCUAUCUCCCCGCCCUCUUCCCGACGACCGCAUUACAGCCUGCGGCUCCGUGAUCCUCCCAGCUCUCCGCGCAGCCAUGGAUCGUCGCCGCCGCCACCUUGUUCGCCUUGAGCCAGGACGCAACCCCGCCGAACCCCCAGCCACCCCAGAAGAAGAGCAGCAAUUCGACCGUAGCGUCCGCGUCCACCGGGGCAUGGAGCAGGUCGCUGAAGAAAUUGCUCGCUCAUUCAGUAACCUCCAACGCUGGGACAUGGAGGACUCUAUCGAUAUGGGAGGUGGUGUGGAUGCCGUGCUGGACGCGUUCCUCGAGGAAGUCCUCGUCCGUCUGCAGCCUAACUAG